AUCCCACCCAGACCGAACCCCCCCCCCCCCGCCAGGCCCGAUCCUUCCCCGGCGCUCCGGAGUCUCCGCUGUCCCGUUGCGCAUCCCCCGUUCCCAGAGCGUCCCGGCGGUCCCGGGCCGGCGGAGCGUCACUGCCGGUAAGAGCAGGCCCGAUCCCUGUCCUCUGUCCCCGCUCCAGGUUGCUCCGCCGCGAUGGCGUCCAGCGGGGAGGAACCGAGGAGCGGCUCCCCGGGCCGGGCGGGCACCGGCCCCGAGGCGGCGGCGGCGGCGGACGCGGCUCAGCUGGACACGGCGGAGGAUUUCGAGGUGCUGGAAGAGGAAGGCGAGGAAGAUGAGGAUGACCUGAGCGAGCUGCCCCCGCUGGAGGACGUGGGCCGGCCGCCGGCCCCGCCGCGGGAGGACGCGCAGCCCGCGGAGCAGGGAGCGGGGGACGCGGCCGGGGACCCGCAGGAGUGGCUCGAUAUUUUGGGGAAUAAUUUGCUCAAGAAGAAGACGCUGGUGGCGGGCCAGGGUGUGGAGAGCCGUCCCCAAAAGGGCCAGGAUGUGACAAUCCGCCUGAAGACCACGCUGGAGGAUGGCACCGUGGUGGAGGAAGACCCUGCUCUCACCUUCACGCUGGGGGACUGUGAUGUCCUGCAGGCUCUGGACCUGUGUGUGCAGCUCCUGGAGAUGGGGGAGACAGCUUUGAUCGUGUCAGAUGCCAAGUACUGCUACGGAGCUCAGGGCAGGAGCCCUGACAUCCCCCCCAACGCGCCCCUCACGCUGGAGGUGGAGCUGCUGGCAGCUCGGGAUGCUCCAGACCUGGAGCUGCUCAGCGGGAAGGAGAAGAUCCAGCUGGCCAACCGCAAACGGGAGCGCGGCAACUUCUUCUACCAGCAGGCAGAUUACGUGCUGGCCAUCAACUCCUACGACAUCGCCCUCAGGAUCGUGGGCUCCAGCUCCAAAGUGGAUUUUAGCCCAGAUGAGGAGGCUGAGCUGCUGGAUGUGAAGGUGAAGUGUCUCAACAACCUGGCGGCCUCGCAGCUCAAGUUGGACCAUUUCAAGGCAGCUCUCAAGUCCUGUAACCAGGUGCUGGAGCACCAGCCAGGGAACAUCAAGGCUCUCUUCAGAAAGGGGAAGGUGCUGGCUCAGCAGGGAGAGUACAGAGAGGCCAUUCCCAUCCUGAAGGCAGCACUGAAGCUGGAGCCUUCAAACAAGACCAUCCACGCUGAGCUCUCCAAGCUGGUGAAGAAGCACGCGGACCAGAGGAACGUGGAGACCGAGAUGUACAGGAAGAUGCUCGGCAAUCCCAGCACCGCCAGCACCUCCAGGAAAUGCAAAGACAAACUGCCCUGGUCCAUCCCCUGGAAGUGGCUCUUUGGCGCGACAGCCAUCGCGCUGGGCGGCGUGGCCUUGUCCGUGGUCAUCGCGGCCAGGAACUGAGGGUGGCACCGGGGUGGCCCCUUGGCACAGGACCAGCGCUGGGUCCUGCCUCUCUGUGCCCAGGGGCUCCCCCCAGGCUCUGCUGCCCCUUCCCUCGGACUCACAGCUCCAGGAACGCGGUUGUUUUCUCUGCCAGAGGUGCCGGAUCUCUCUCCCGAUGUUCCCUCCUGGCACGGGUGGGUGCAGCUGUGGGGAGGGAGCCACCGGCAUUGCAGGGACCCCUGGGCAGCCUCCUGGCAAUCAGGGGGUCAUCCCCCAGCCCAGAGUGUGCCAGGGGCAGCAGGAGGUGCCACACACCGGUACAGCCUGGCCGUGCCCAUCCUGGAUGUUUGGAUGGGAUGGGCAGGGGGAAGCUCGGAGAUGGAAGCUGUGGGAAGCGAUGUGGAUGUGCCCAGGGGAUAGGCAGCGAUAUUCCCUGGUUCCUGGGGGGCUGCCAGGGACUCAGCACCCCACUGCCCUCCUCUGCACAUCCCUGGAGCGUGCAAUGUCCAAAGGAAGCCAAAGAAACCCGUGGUGGGAGGGAUGGAGGAGGGGAGCGCUGGAGACCCCUGUCCAGGCUGUCUUCCUGUGGGUCCAAGCCCGUUUGGGGGGGUCCCUCCCUGCCCUGCAGCCCCCCCAGCGCCCACCGCUGCCCAGCUCUGCUCGUGGGGGGUUGUAGCACUGUCCUUGCACCCCAAACUGACUGUGAACUUCCCAAAUAAAGGACAAUUCCUUCA